AAGGGCAGCGCCACGGAGCCGGGCGAUGGGCCGCCCUCUGGGCACCGAGCAGCCCCCCAGGCCUGACCGCCCGCGAGGACCGGCGGAGGAGCCCCGCCUGGAUGUCUAGCGGAUGCCUCGGUGCCUCCCAGUGGACACGGUGGGGACCAUGGCUUCGCUGACACCCCUUUCCCCCUAUCUCAGCCCCACGGUCCUCCUGCUGGUCAGCUGUGACCUGGGCUUUGUGCGAGCAGACCGGCCUCCUUCUCCCGUGAAUGUGACAGUCACUCACCUCAGAGCCAACUCGGCCACUGUGUCCUGGGACGUCCCAGAAGGCAACAUCGUCAUUGGCUACUCCAUUUCCCAGCAAAGACAGAAUGGCCCUGGGCAACGUGUGAUCCGGGAGGUGAACACCACCACCCGGGCCUGUGCCCUCUGGGGCCUGGCAGAAGACAGCGACUACACUGUGCAGGUCAGGAGCAUUGGCCUUCGUGGAGAGAGUCCUCCAGGGCCCCGGGUGCACUUCCGAACUCUCAAGGGUUCCGACCGGCUACCCUCAAACAAUUCAAGCCCAGGGGACAUCACAGUGGAGGGUCUGGAUGGAGAACGACCCCUGCAGACGGGGGAAGUGGUCAUCAUCGUGGCCGUGUUGCUCAUGUGGGCUGCUGUAAUUGGGCUCUUCUGCCGUCAGUAUGACAUCAUCAAGGACAAUGACUCGAACAACAACCCCAAGGAGAAGGGGAAGGGGCCGGAACAGAGUCCUCAGGGAAGGCCAGUGGGGACAAGACAGAAAAAGUCACCAUCCAUCAACACCAUUGACGUCUGAAUGAAGAACCAGAACCAGAAGAGCGAUGCACUGACACCCUGGAGAUAGUUGGGGGGAGGGAGAGCCUAAGAUGGUGAUCUGACCAAGACUGAAGCACCCAGGCUCCCAGAGAGUAAUACCGUCCCACAAUCUCAGGCCUAUCCUCUUUCCACUGUGAGCAGGGCCACAAGGUAGGUCUGUUCAGUCUGUGCCCCUGGACUUGGGGAGUGGAAGCAGAAGGGAUAUUGUCUCUCAUUCCCCAGGUCCAUGAGAGAGUCACCUGUUCAGUCCUCUCCUACUAGGUCCCAAAUGGCCCCCAUUCCACCUGCAUCAGGACUGUCAGUACCCCCAGCUGCCCCCACAUCUCGCCUCUAGGUCUCAGAGUGUGAUGUUCCUGCUAGUCCUCCCUUGCCCCAGCAAGUAGAAAGGAUUGUCUGGGCCUGGAGAAGGACGCUGCACUGUACUACUCCAAUGUCUUCCACGGAGCCUCAGGUGCUCCCCUCUCACCUGGCAGCUGCUCCAGCUGCUGGUGACCUCACCCCUUGGACAUUUUUCCAAUAAAGGUUCUUGGACAAACUGGA